AUAUACAAAUAAGGAGGAAGAAAAUUAUGAAAAUUAGUUGAGAGCAGUACACAAAUGAUGUGAUGAUGAAUGAGGGAUGAGAGCAGAUAUAAUAAUCACACUGUUUAAAGCUGCAGACAGAAACAUCAGACUCAGGACAGAAACACACGACCUCUAAAGUAAGAACAACUCACAUGUUCAUUCUUCAAACACAACUAGACUUUGAGAUGUUAAUAUUGUCUGAAUGAUUGUGAAUUGUGUUGUUCUGCUAUUUUUUAAAUUACAUGAUCAUGUUUUAUUUCAAGAUGAAUAUGGGAUUAUCUGAGUUUUUCAAUGUGUUUCUUCCUCAGAAAUGGAGCAAACUCUAUAUUUCAUUCUUCUUCUCAUUGCUCUCUGCUCCGUAUCUGAAUGUGUUCAGCGUCAGUAUCACUUUAUAAACGUGAUGAAGACCUGGACUGAAGCUCAGAGAUACUGCAGAGAGAAUUACACAGAUCUGGCCACCGUUGACAACAUGAACGACAUGAUCGAGCUGAACAAGAGUGUGAAUGAUGGACAUGCCUGGAUUGGGCUGCAGAGGACGGGUGUUGAUAAAUGGCAGUGGUCUUCAGGUGAUCCUGCGCUCUAUCUGAACUGGGGACCUGGACAACCUGAUGGCAGAGAUGAGUGUGGUUUUAUGAGAAAUGGACAAUGGCAUGAUUGGCCAUGCAGUAAAAGCCUGACUUUCAUCUGCAGUUCAUCUAACAACAUGAACACAGGACUCGUCUUUGUCAAUCAGGAGAAGAAUUGGAGAGACGCUCAGAGUUACUGCAGACAGAAUCACACUGAUCUGGUCAGUGUGAGGAACCAGAAUGAGAGUCAACAGCUUCAGAAGUUCAUCAAUGAUAGUCUCAUAUCUGGUGAUGUCUGGAUCGGUCUGUUCAGAGACUCAUGGCAGUGGUCAGAUCAGAGUAACUCCUCAUUCAGAUACUGGAAGACUGGUCAACCUGAUAAUUAUGGAAGUAAUGAAAACUGUGCAGAGAUUUAUCAGAACGAUCAGGGACAAUGGAAUGACGUCUCUUGCAACAACCAGAUUCCUUUUGUGUGUCAUGAAGAUAAACUGAUUCUGAUCAAAGAGAAGCUGACGUGGUCUGAAGCUCUGAGAUACUGCAGACAGAAUCAUGUGGAUCUGGUCUCGGUUCAUUCAGAAGAGAUUCAGCGUCGUGUGAUGAAUGUGGUUAAAGAGGCGUCUACUGAGGCGGUGUGGUUGGGUUUACGUUACUCCCACAUUUUGGGCAUCUGGUACUGGGUGAGCGGAGACACCGUGUGCUAUCAGAACUGGGCUCCAGGGAACGGCACAGGAGAGGAAGAGUGUGAGCGUACAGUGAGAUCUGGAGCAGUUCAGUCUGGAGGAGAUCAGCGCUGGAUCAGCCGUCCUGAGACUGACAGACUCAACUUCAUCUGCAGCAGAUAUGAAGAGUGAAGGAUACGUUUGUGCUGUUUCUUCUUCUUCUUUUUCUUUUUUUUGUACUGUUUUCAUCAGAUAAUGUGCUUAUAUCAAAGUACAAUGAAAUUAAUUUCUGUAACUGAAGAGUAUCUACUGAAUAUCAUUGUACCUAUAUAUACACUAGUCAACAUUUGAAGUGGAUCAAAACCUUUCAUCAAAGUUGUCCUAAAUGCCAAAAUGCAAUACCCAUCUUGUCUUAGGACAACUUUGAAGAACUUUUUUGAUCCACUUCAAAUGUUGACUACUAUAUUUUAAAGACCCCAUGAAAUCAAAAUAAGUUUUAAUCUGUGGCUUUCAGGUACGUUUACUGUCCACUUAAACUUUUCCGGAAAAAUGACUCAAAAAUAUCUUCAACACAGACUGUUCAAUCAAACACACUUGCAGUCAGCUAGUCAUUAGAAGAUCAUGAUUCAAGGAUUUGGCAUAAAGCAUAUUGACUAUUUAAAAGAAAAUCAAAGUAAAGUAUUCUGGUGGUGUGGAUACUUUCUUCUACUCACUCCUGUAUUGCACUAGUCAUAUCUUUACAAAUUAGUUGUUUAAAAAAUGAUUGUGAGCAUCUAUGUGUGUCUCAAUGAAAUGAAAAUAUGGUUUAUUCUUAAAGAAAAACUGGAAUAAAUGGAGAGGGACAAUCUAUAAUACAUUAUAUAUAUAUAUAUAUAUAUAUAUAUAUAUGCCUCCUGGUUAUAAUAAGAAUUUUCUUGAUGAAUUUUAUGAGAUUUUAUCUGUAGUCGUUCCAUCUGCUGACAGGAUUUUGAUUAUGGGUGAUUUUAAUAUCCAUGUCUGUUGUCCUUGUAAACCCAUGACCAAAGAAUAGUUGAUUCCUUUAACUUAUCAUGAUGUGUCUCUGGAUCUACACACGACCAUGAUAUGCUUGACUUGGUGUUUUCUUUGGGGAUAAUGAUAGAAUAUUAGCCUCCUUUAUUCUUGUCUUAUGUUCCCAGCUAGAAUUGUUUUAUGUUCUGGGAACGUUUUCAGCAGAAAGUAUUAUUUAUGUUCCCAGAAUGUUCUGCUAAAAGGUAGGAUAACAUUCUCUAAAAACAUGUUCAGUGAAAACAUUAGAACAUUAUCCCCUAACAUUCUUAUAAAGUUUUCAGUGAGAAGCUUCCCAGUGGGCAUUGGAUGUGGACUCAAAUAAUGCUCAGAUGUCAAAUUUUGUUUGAAAGUGAAAACCCAACCUUUGUUUGACGUCAAGCUUCAACAUCAUUACAUAAUUCCAAAAAACAGCAUUACCAUCUUCAGUUACUAUAAAACAGAUUGAUUUUAUUUCUGUUAUACAUGUGCUUAUUGAGAAGUAACUAAGAUUUUGAUGUUGAAGUUUUAUUGAAAAUAAUAGUUUGAUUUGAUGUCACCAUUAUGGUGAUCAGUGUUUGCUUUAGUUGGCCAGUUUGACUCUUGACUUUUCAAUGUUAGUUUUUUUCAAAUUACUUGAAAACUUUACUAGAACAUAUCAUAAUGUUCUCAGAACAUUCUUAGAACAAUAACAUUUCUAGCUGGGUUAUCACUCUCUCUACACCUAGUGCGUUCUAGUACUGCUUUUGGUCCUACUGAGUUAUCUCUUCCUAUUGAGUCUAUGGUAAAUUGUUUUAAUCAUGUUUGUUCAGAGAUGUUGAAAAAUGAUGUGCCUUUUAAAAUGAGAUGUCAAAAAGUGAAAAAAUUGCAAGUGUCUUUUGAUAUUUUUGGAUAAUCUCUAUUAAACUAUCAAAAUGCUGUUAAAGCCUUUAGAUCUUCAUAUUUUUCACGAAUUAUAUCGCACAAGGCAAAUAAACUGAAGGUUUUGUUUUCAGUCAUAGAUAAGGUA